CACGUUCAAGAUGGAUCGUCGAGGUGGCGGAGGAUCUCGGUCAGGAGGCAACAAGAAUGAAGAACUCAUCGUUAAGAGUGCAGACAUGUCAGACGAAGACCAGGAUCUUGCCUGUGAUAUCGCUAAGGACGCCAUGGGGAAGUUCAACGUCGAGAAGGACAUCGCCGCCCAUAUCAAGAAAGAGUUCGAUAAGACCCACGAGCCGACUUGGCACUGCAUCGUCGGGCGUAACUUCGGCAGCUACGUCACUCACGAAACAAAGUGUUUCAUCUAUUUUUACAUCGGUCAGAAAGCAUUCCUUCUCUUCAAGUCGGGAUAGAAUUUGAAAAGACAAAUUCUUAUAUUUUCUUUAGAUUCGAUGAGAGUUCAACAUUUACAGCGAAAUUUGUUCAAAGUAUUUAUAUUUUUAGAUGGUCACUGAGCGAAAAAUCGCGUCAUCGUCCGAUUAGAAUAAGUGAUGGUUAAAAUUUAUCAACUCAAUUCUUGCGUAAAUAUAUUUUAUUCAGGAAUAGCAUUAAGUGGUUUCUUUUGAAAUUUUUUGCUGUGAAAUUAUCUUCGGAUAAUAACGUUUUCAUUUCAAGCAAGACCUAUCUACCAUGUAUGUCAUAUAUGUACAUGCAUAUUUCCUCUGUCAUAAGAUGUAAAUUUACUGAUUCUAAUUUUGAGAAAUAUAUCUCGUGGUGCUACUAUAUGUACUGUAGUUUCAGACAUGUUCCAGCUAAGAUGAAGAAGUGUCAUGAAGAUUGAACUAUGAAUCAAUUUUAGGUCAUUGUUCCAUGUCACAUGCUCUUGGUAAUUUACAUUGGCCAUCAAAAUAAUGAGUGCCGUAAUAAUUAUGGUUGCCUGUAUAGAAAAUGGUUUUAAAGAUGACAAUGAGCAGAUGAUGAUUUAAUGAUUUGCAAAGUUGAAAAUUCACCGUUAUCAAAACGAUGAAAGUACUGAUCUUUCUGCUGCUAUUUUUUGGUAACAUCGUAAAUGUGGGUUUGAUAGUUACUAUUUAUCAGUUUGAUCGAUUAUUGAUUAUUUUAUUGACUAAUUGAGUAUACAUGGUUGCUCGAUGGAAUAAUUGUUUGAUGAUGAGGAUAAAUUCUAGACCCAAGAUGUUGAUCACAAAAACUCAUAGGCAUUUCAGACCUGAUAUUGGUACAAUAUGAUUGAUUGAUUUGAUGAAUAAAUUGAUUGUUUUGUCAACUGAUUUUUAAUUGGUUAAUGCUA